GCGACUGUUGGGCUUUAGCCUUCGCACCCAGUGAUUCGCAGGUGUGUAUUUCACGCUUGGUGCAAACUGGCACUGACAGCACAGCCAGGUAACACCUGACAGCGUCGCUCCGACUCGCGCGAGCCGAAUUAGGAGAUAAGAUUGCAUGCAAAUGUUUUGUUUUGUGAAGACGUUUAUUUCUCAAAGAACAAUUGUCUGAUUGACUGCCAGUGGCUUAAUUGAAUGUGCCUGACAUUUGUUGCAAAACUAAAACUAAAAAUUUGCUCGUGGGGAUCAAAAGUUGAGAACUUUGCGCAAAAGGAAACUUUUUUGACAGCGCUAUUCGCCUUCAAGUGACAUUUGAAGGAAGACAUCUGUGUAUCACGAAGCGGUAGAUAUACAGCUUUCUGGAAGUGGAUUAGCUACAGCUGCUUUUCAGUAAUUCUUAGAGACGUAUAGAUAAAGGAGGAUGGAAGGGAAGACACCGUAAAGAACCACCGAAGCGAUAUUUUUUUCCUCAACAGACGACCGCUACACUCGGACAAGAUGGGAAAAAAGGAAUUAACGAUGGACCCAGUCCAGGAGUGGGGGGAGGAGGUGGAGGACGGGGCCGUGUUCGGGGUAACCCUGAGGCGCGAGCCCGUCGGCUCCGCCCCCGCCGCCGGCCCCGCCCCCGGCCCCGCCCCCGGCCCCGCCCCCGGCCCGCCGGAGGCCCAGUCGGAGCUCGGGUUCGUGCAGUACCGCACCUGCAAGGUGCGGCGGCUGAAGGCGGCCACGCUGCCCCGCCUGGUGGCCCACCUGCUGGACCCCGCCUGCCAGGAGCCGGACUACUGCCACGUCUUCCUGUCCACGUACCGGGCCUUCACCAGCACCAGCGCCCUCAUCAAACUCCUGUUCCAGAGCGACGGCGAGGCGUCCGACUUGGACAACGGCCAGUUUCACAAGAGCCCUCUGUCCUCCCUGAUACUCACCUGGCUGGAGAAGCACAGUCAGGACUUUUGGGAGCCCCCUCAGUACCCCUCGCUGCGGCUGCUGUCCUUCCACCUGCGCCGGAACCUGGGGUACCGCCGGCUGGCCCAGAGAGCCGACGCCCUGCUGAAGAAGCUCAAGCACGAAGAAACAAAUACCCAUGAGCAGUCCGCACCCGUACAUCAGGUGGGGGAGGAAGAGGAGGAGUCGGAUGAUGAAGGCCUGUUAUCCAAGACUGUAGAUGACACAGCGGACUUCAUGGACUUCCCUGCCGCUGAUGUUGCAGAGGAACUCACCCGAUUGGACGCUGAGCUCUUCAGGAAAGUCGUCCCGUUCCAGUGCGUGGGGUGCCAGUGGUCCCAAAGGGACAAGAACGAGAGCCUGUGCCCCUCCGUGCGGGCCACCAUCGCCCAAUUCAACGCCAUCACCAACAGGGUCAUCACCUCGCUCCUGUGCCGGCCCGUCCGAAACCAGGCGCCGCCCUCGCCCCGCGGCCCGCCCCCCGGCCCCGCCCAGAGGGCUCGCAUCAUCGAGAAGUGGAUCACAGUCGCGCAGGAAUGCCGGCGGCUGCGGAACUUCUCCUCCCUGAAGGCCGUCCUGUCGGCCCUGCAGUCCAACGCCAUCUACCGCCUCAGGAAGACCUGGGCCUCCGUCUGCAGAGACAGCAUGGCGUCCUUCGAGCACCUGUGCGAGACCUUCCCCGAUGAAAACUGCGUGCUGACCAGCCGGGAGAUCCUGGUGGAGGAUGGAAGCCAGCCAGCCAUGGGCAGUUCCUCCCCAAAAAUGCCCAAAUGCUCUCCCAUCUCUCAACAGCUGAGUCUCCCCGGGGGGGUCGUGCCGUACCUGGGGACGUACCUGACCGUGCUCACCAUGCUGGACACCGCGCUGCCCGACAACAUGGAGGGCGGCCUCAUUAACUUUGAGAAGCGAAGGAGGGAGUUUGAGAUCCUGUCCCAGAUCGAGCAGCUCCAGGCGUCCUGUUCCCAGUACACCAUGCCCCCUCGCGCCAACAUCGGGUCCUGGCUCCUGCGCCCCAAACUGCUGACCGACCAGGAGAGUUAUGAGCUCUCUCGUGAGCUGGAGCCGCCUGUAGACUUCUGCCCCAGCUCCCCGGUGUCCUGGAGCCAGCGGCUGCUCGCUAGGAAGCUCGCCUCGUUAAUGCCAGUAGGCGAGGGGCCCGGCAGGAAAACAUAUCCGGACCAGAUCAGCGUCACGUCUUCAGGAUCCAGUGGAUCCGAAAUGGAGGAUCUCAGCAUCCCCAACUCCUCACCCCUUGGUCUGAAGGCUCUGUCCAGCUCCUGCCACAACAUGGCGGAAGCCUUCUCUCCUGGGCCGUUCCCGGACUCCGCCCCCUUCAAGCCCGCCUCAGGCUCCCAGAAAGACCUGUCCGUCACCUCCCCAGGCCCCGCCCGCCGCACCCUCUGCCCCGCCCCCCAGCACAAGCGAUCCGUCUCCAUGUUGUCGCUGCCCGUCUACAACCAGCAGGUGGCGGACUCCUGCAUCAUCAGGGUCAGCGUGGAGUGCGGCAACAACGGCAACAUGUACAAGAGCAUCCUGCUCACCAGUCAGGAUAAGACGGCCCAGGUGAUCCAGAGGGCCCUGGAGAAGCACAGCCUGGGGACCUGCCGCGCCCACGAAUUCACCCUCAGCCAGGUGCUGUCCCACGACAGAGAGCUGCUUAUUCCGGACAAAGCCAACGUGUUCUAUGCCAUGUGUACCACAGCGAACUACGACUUUAUCCUACGCCAGAGACGGAACUGCCGACGGAAAGCCUUUGACUAUACCGCUACCCUGGGUCCGCUGACAUCAACCUACCACACAAAAUAACAGCGCCCCCUCUGCUUUGGAGGAAUCACUGCAACCCGGGGGACGUACUGUGGGGUUUUUUUUUUUACCGUUAGCUUGUCUGUUCAGGGAAACUUCCAGACAUUUUCCCUCCCAGUUCCAAGGCAUCUGGCCGCAGGUCAGGACUGGACCUGGAUUCCGACUUGGGAGUAUGUGUAGCUGGAGUUCAAAACACUCAACAGCAGGCAACUCCCUGAAGAUGUCUACUUUGGAAGGAAAAGUGUGAAAAGCAAGGCAGGGGAUAAAACGGACAAAAAGAAGAAAGCUGGACUAAAAGGCACUUUGUGUUGGAAGGUCUGGAGAAUUCCACGAUCUGCAUGACUGCCCGGAGCGACAGGCGCUACUCCGUAACUCAAACAUAAAACUGCCUUUUGAAAAUAUGUUUUUAAGCUGAUAAACUAUACUAUCUGUGCCAGAGAGUUGUGCUGACUGGGACUGUGCUGUGACUGGAAAUGCCCCUUGUUCCUCAUUCCCUUGUGCUUGGAUCACUGCCUUUUGUUCCAAUGAUGACAAAGAGUCGCACUGCAGCGCUUAGGCACAAUUUGAGCCGUGCGUGUUCACAUUCGUGGCCUGUAGGCUGUGUGACUGUCGAGCACGUGCGACUGUUAUCUGUUACUGUACCUCCAUCAAUUCCCCCCGGCCUCUGAAAGAGUGCCAUCACUGUUGCGGUUACCCAGCUAUGAGCAGAACUAUGGUCAUGUGACAGGGGAGAAACAGCCGCCCAUUCAAGUGAGACCCCUGUCAUGUGACGGGGGGGAGAAAGGCGGACAGGGUUUGGAGAAUUCCUGUGGACGGGAGCAGCAGGCGCCGCAGGUUUCUGUCGGACCGCGUGUGGAGGGUGGGAACGCGAGUCGGAAUGUGCUCUCCCUGCCAGGAUCCGAUCUCCGCGCUUCCCGCGACAGCGCCGCAGAACCUUCCGGAACAGGACCGACGGCCCGGACCGGCCCGACGGCAUUCCGGAGCGGGAAUGGCUGCCACGCCCAACAGGAGUGACCGUGUCAGAGUCACUGGAAACUCGAUAAUGGCGGUGAUUUCGGUGAUAGACGGGUUCCUUAGAUGGCGCGUUGCAUCGCAGUGCUGGUCCUGAGGGCAGCCAAUCGCAUGAGACCAUUUCUGACGGCGCACUGAACGGCGGAAGGAUCCGGAAGCCUGAAAGCUGUUUGCUGUGUUAACAUCGGCGUUACGCGCUGGUAACCGCGACUGAGCCUGCCGUUGAUACUGAGGGCACCGGAGUGUGUGUGUGUGAGUGUGUGUGUG